UUAAAAUAGAGAUGGCCACAGUUUGCCUUCCCAAUUAUACAGAACGCUUUCAAACUGAAGAAACAUUCGCAAACGAGAAUGAGAAUGGUGAUACUGCCUGCAAAAACAUCCACACAUGUCAUGAGCCGUCGCCGUCGGCGGCUACCACCAAGGCCGUGACCAGUGCGUUCUUCUUCAGCCGAAGCACCAACUACCAGAGCUGGGUCCAACAGCUGAUCAGCUUCAGCUUCACCUCCUCGUUCCACCUGCUCUCCAUCACCUGCAUUUUGAGCAUCAGUAAGUUCUGCAAUGCCGCCGCCAUGAACGCCGCCCAGGCUACAGCCUCCACACCCAGUCCCAGCGAGAUAAUGCAGAAUCUAAGCGGAUCGGCGCUCCUGGAGAAGAUUAGGCGCUCCAGCACAUUGGGGCCACCACUGGAUCGACUAAAGCACUUGGCCCCAGCGGCAGCAAACAGUCUGAGUCCCGGUAUUGGAAUGGCCAAUUUUGGCAACUCUUUCAAUUCGGUAUUCAAUGGAAAUCCGUUCAAGUUUCUAAAUGUUUCCGGGAAAAUUGGAACCCCAUUGGAUAUAUCUCAAAGCAUACCCAACUACUGCGAGGAGAAGCAAUUCCAAUGCGCCAGUGGAGCCUGUAUAGCCAUCAGAUUCGUGUGCGACGGCGACUCCGACUGUCCGGACCACAGCGAUGAGCGACUGGAGCAGUGCAAGUUCAGAGAAUCGACUUGCAACGCGGACCAAUUCCGCUGUGGCAAUGGCAAUUGCAUUCCACAGAAAUGGGUCUGCGAUCACGAGGCUGACUGUACCGAUGGCUCCGACGAGCUAUCCCUCCUCUGCACGAGAAAGACCUGCUCGCCCGAGCAGUUCCAGUGCAAGUCCGGCGAGGGUGUGUGCAUACCGCUCUCCUGGAUGUGCGAUCAAAACAAGGACUGCGACGAUGGCAGCGAUGAGGCCCAGUGCAAUGCCACAUGCCGCUCGGACGAGUUCACCUGCGCCAGUGGCGACUGCAUCCAGAGCCGCUGGAAGUGCGACGGGGAUCACGACUGUGUGGACGGGUCCGACGAGCUCAACUGUCCCGCCAAGGGAAAGUGCCAGGAGGAGGCAUUCACCUGCGACAACGGGGAUUGCAUCAGCAAGCGGUGGGUCUGCGACGGAGACUAUGACUGCAAGGACCACAGCGAUGAGAAGCAAAACUGCAGCAUAGAUCCAGGACUCUUGAGAGGCUUCUGCCAACCACACGAGUUCUCGUGCAAGGAUCGCAUCACCUGCCUGCACAGCACUUGGGUGUGCGACGGAGAUAUCGAUUGUCCCGGCGGCGACGACGAGGAUCCGGCCAACUGCCAGAACGUGACCUGCAGGCCGGAUCAGUUCCAGUGCGGUGAUCGCAGCUGCAUCGCCGGACACCUCAACUGCAAUGGGGAGAAAGAUUGCGCGGAUGGCAGCGACGAGAGGGACUGCGGCCUGGCCACACCCCCCAGGGAGUGCAACGCCACCACCGAGUUCAACUGCGGUGGAGGCCAGUGCAUAGCCCUGGACAAGGUCUGCAACAAGCGGAAGGACUGCCCCGACGGCGAGGACGAGCCGGCCGGCAAGUGCGGCGUGAAUGAGUGCGCCUCCAAGAACGGGGGCUGCAUGCACCAAUGCAUUGACCAGGUGGUGGGAUACAAGUGCGAGUGCCGAAAGGGAUACAAAUUAUCCGGGGAUAAGAGGACCUGUGUGGACAUCGACGAGUGCGAGAACCCGGGCACCUGCUCCCAGCUGUGCAUCAACGAGAUCGGAGGAUUCAAGUGCGAAUGCGAGGCGGGAUACAUGCGGGACCCGCGCAACCACACGCGUUGCAAGGCUGGCGAGGGCCACGCCUCUCUGCUGCUGGCGCGGCGUCACGAUAUCCGAAAGAUCGCCCUGGACCACAUGGAGAUGACGUCGAUCGUGAACAGCACCAAGUCGGCCACGGCCCUGGACUUUGUGUUCCGCACGGGGAUGAUCUUCUGGAGCGAUGUGACGACGCAGAGCAUCUACAAGGCGCCCAUCGACGAGGGCAACGAGAAGACCGUGGUGCUGAAGCAGUCUUCGGUGACCUCCGACGGACUGGCAGUGGACUGGAUCUACAACCACGUGUACUACACGGACACGCACAAGUGCACCAUCGAGCUGACCAACUUCGACGGCAACAUGGGCAAGGUGCUCAUCGAGGACGCGCUGGACAUACCGCGCUCCAUCGCCCUCGACCCCAUCGAGGGCUGGAUGUACUGGUCCGACUGGGGCGCCUCUCCGCGCAUCGAGCGCGCCGGCAUGGACGGCUCCCACCGCACCACCAUCAUCAGCUACGACGUCAAGUGGCCCAACGGCAUCACCCUGGACCUGGUGCGCAAGCGCAUCUACUGGGUGGACGGCAAGCUGAACGUCAUCUCGUCGGCCAACUACGACGGCUCCCAGCGGCGGCAGAUCCUCUACUCCACCGAGUACCUGCGGCAUCCCUUCUCCAUCACCACCUUCGAGGACUACAUCUACUGGACCGACUGGGACAAGCAGACCGUCUUCAAGGCAAACAAGUUCACCGGCGAGGGCGUGGAGCCCAUCACAGCGGUUCACAUGCUCCAGAAUCCCAUGGUGAUCCAUGUGUACCAUCCGUAUCGACAGCCCGAUGGCAUCAACCACUGCCAGUCCGUGAAUGGCCACUGCUCCCACCUGUGCCUGCCCGCCCCAAGGAUCAACGAGCGCAGUCCGCGCAUCUCCUGCGCCUGUCCCACGGGUCUCAGGCUGAUGUCGGAUGGCCUAAUGUGUGUCGAAGAUCUGCGUGUCAAAAGUGUGCGUCCCACAGUGCGCAGCAGGACGAAAAAUGGGUCCUUUUUUUCCACAACGAAAGCACCUCAAGAUGCGCACACUGUAGUGCCUGUUGAAAAGAAAACCAAUGACAGCAGUUCCACACACACAAUUCACAAGAUCGAUGUGCCAGCAGAGCAGGAUAAUGGCCGAAUAGCCUGGAUAGUGGUAGGCUGUCUUUUGGGCACCACUGUGGUGGCUUGGCUACUCCUAUUCACGUACAGACGUUGCACGCGUGCCGUGAACUCCAUGAACUUUGAGAAUCCUGUCUACCAUAAGACCCCCGAGGAUCACUUCAGCCUGGAGAAGAAUGUGACGCCACACAUGUAUGCCACGGCCAUGGACGAGGAGUCUGCUAAUCCGUUGCGCGAGCGGGGCACCGAGUGUGUUUAGGACAUCCCGUCAAAAUAUCCAAUAAAUGGAUAUAACAAAAAAAUUAUACACUGGCCGCGUAGACCGGCAAAGAGACCGCAAGAAUAUCUCCUAUUAGUAAUUCCCUUAGACCAAGGUCCCACUCAACUCAAUGCAACUGAACGGGAAGUAAAAGUUGAAUAAGAAAAUGGUACUCGUAGAACAUGAAACGGAGGAAACUUUCAUCUGUGUAGAAAUAAGAAAACAAGAAUGCCAAAAACCAAAUAGGAAAGACAGAGGGACGACAGCAGCAGUAAACGGGGAAAAUGAAAAUACUCAACAAAUUCAAUUUGUUGCCUAGUUUAAAAUUUAAUUUAAAUUUAACAAAUACUAACACAGACACACCCACAAACACGCAUAUAUUCACACACACAUAAACUAAUACAAAAACACAAAAACUUUUUCUAGGCGCUACGUUUUGACAUCAACUAACGGCGUCGACACACACACAGACACACGCACCCCCACACACACAUAUGUACUCUUACAUACCAACACAUACUCUCUCAAAAAAGAGCACGCACACAUACAAAAGCCCACAAGAACUCGCAGAAGGAGAGACGAGUGCCAGGAAGCCAUUCGGAGCCAGAAACUCCUCCAACUUUCCCUUCAAGUCCAUGAAAUCAAUUGUAAAAAGUUAA